AUGCUCUCAUCAGUCAAAUAUACCGACCGACCUUUCUCAGGUGCCAUAUUCUGCUGGCCAUCAGCGAAAUUCGAGACGUAUGGAGGGUUCGUCGGGAGCAUAUUCGUAACCGGGUGCGGUCUCUCAACGCUUGAGGUCGCUGCCAACUCCUACGUAACUGUACUUGGCACGCCUCAGUAUGCUGCGGCCCGUUUGAACUUCAGUCAUGGAUUCCAAGCCAUCGCAACCUUUGCUGGACCUUUGAUUGCUUCACGCUGGUUUUUCACUGGUGCUAAUGCGACCAGCCUUGGAACCGUGCAAUGGGUCUAUCUCGCGGUUGCUGGCCUCGGCGUAGCACUUCUUAUUCUAUUCUUCUUCUGUGACCUACCUGAAAUCACAGAAGAUAUGUUGGACGAAGAGAUAGACGAAGUGGGCAUCGUAUACGGCCCAGGACCUUUGUGGAAGCAGUAUCACUGUGUCUUCGCAUUUGUUGCUCAGACUGCCUACUACGGCGCACAAGUUUCUGUCGCUUCUUUCGCCGUCAACUUUCUCGUAGACCAAGGACUUGGCAUCCACCAGUCAAAGGCUAGUCAACUUCUCUCGUUCUGCCAGAUCACCUUUACAAUAGCACGGUUUAUUGGUGUAGCGAUACUCAACUUUAUCGACCCCGCCUUAUUACUCGCCUUCUACGGUUUUUGUUGUUCGCUGUUCUGCCUGCUGGUGUCCCAGCUUCCAGGAUACGGUGCUGUCGGGUGUCUCUUCUGUCUAUUUUUCUUCGAGUCCAUUUGCUAUCCCUGUAUAUUCUCACUAGGUACGAAGAACCUUGGAGUGCAAACCAAGUGGGGCACCAGUCUUAUUGGGGUUGGGGGAGGGGCUUGGUACCCACCUGCACAAGGUGCCCUCGCCGACAAAGCAUACACCCGCCGCUCGUAUCUUGUCCCUAUGUCAGGUUUCAUUGCCAUGACCAUUUAUGCCGUCGGCAUUGUCAUCCACCAGGCGAGGAAGAGCGGAUUCACGUUCCGCAACCGUAAUGAGCUCUCCGCCGAGCGUGCUGCUGCCACAGCUGGUUUAUCUCUAACCGACCCCCUACUCGGUGACACUAAAGGACGCUCGAACAGUGAAAAGAAGAUUUCCAGUGACGAAUUGAUUGCGGUCGCAUGA